GUACUCAACCCUUUCCGCAUGCCAACAGCAUCGCAUUGCUUAAGUAUCUCGCUACAUAUGCAGAGAAGAUGCGCGCUUCGACACUGUUGAGGCCAACCGCCCGCUGCCUGGCGCGGUCACAUUUACAGGGCACCCUGAGACCAUCAUGGACUCGCUCACUCAACACAGAGACGCCGCAAGCCUCAGCGGUGCAGCCUUCGAAAAUUCCCGAAAUAACGAGAAACCCGCAGGCUAUCAGCGAGUCUGACCCUGUGCAACAUUUCUUCGGGAAGACCAAAGAGAACGAACCAAGAUAUCCUCGAGGCGUUCAGGCACUAUAUCUCCAGCCAUUACGUCGCGAAGCCGAGUACGGAAUUCCUUCAUGCGACCUUCAGCUGCGCUCAUACAGUUUGAGGAACCUCGAAUUCUUCUCCGACUUUGCCCUUCGCGCAGCGUACUACCUGAAGCUCCCAGCAUUCGGCCCUGUGCCACUGCCUCGAAUCACUGAACGAUGGACUGUUCCUCGGAGUAGUUUCAUCUUCAAAAAGUCACAGGAGAACUUCGAGCGUGUAACGAUGCGUCGUCUUGUUCAAAUCCGCGACGGAAAUCCUGAGACGGUUCAGUUGUGGCUAGCUUUCCUCCAAAAGCACGCCUAUUACGGCAUUGGUAUGAAGGCCAACGUGUGGGACUUUGGAAAGCUUGGUGUCGGCAAGGCCAUGGAUGCCAUUGAUCCAGAGACGACUGAGGCAAUUGACUCGCAGUGGAACCACCUAGGUCAAAACAGGGAGCUUGAUACAGUUGAGAAAGUAGAGGAGUUUUUGGCUACAGUUCGGUUCGAUAAGGACAGUGGCAAGCGAUCAGAGGGGGAGCGGCGGUUCCUCCAGACCCAAUGGAAGAAAGGCGAGGCGGCUAAGAGGAAGGCAGCUUUGAACGUCUAAGAGUUCCGGCCACCCAUAGGUCGACGUGUAAGCUGGUGUGUCGGGCCUAGGGAGGGGAUUGGGGGCAGCCAAAGAAAAGAAUGACAGAAGGCUCUGUCAGUGUAUUAAAUAGUUGGAAAGGGACCCCGUCGUGAGUGUGUCCUCUGUAAAUCAUAAAUAUCAAACCUGGCCCUUGUCGCGUUGGGCCACAGACUGC